AUGACGCACGAACACGCUGCAAUGCCCCGCCCCCGGGGGAUGCCGGGCGGGGGCUUCGGGACUAUCUGCAGCUCGCAGAGGCUUCCGAAGCAGCGGGGCCGGCACCCCCGGGGGCGGGCCAUCGCGUUGUUUGGCCACUGGGAGAACAGGAGCUGGACUAGAUCGCCCUUCGAUCAUAUCCACCAGGGCUCUUCAUGUUCUUAUGGUCUGUUUUACCCCCAGCAUUGCCAGUUUGAUGAGCUGGGCAAACGGGCUCCUCAGUGGAUCAGGGACAAGCUGGUGACCAUGUGCAUGCGUUGCAAGGGCCCGUUCAAUGCUAUCACACGCAGAAGGCACCACUGCCCCUGUGGCUAUGUGGUGUGUGGCCGGUGCUCUGAGUACAAGGCCGAAUUGCAAUAUGACAAGAGCGGGCCCAAGCGUGUCUGCGUGGAGUGCUACAUCUUCCUGACGGGGCAUUUGUUGCCUGACGAGCGGCAGGCAAGGCAUAAAGGCAUCCUGGAGAAAGAGUCUGCAGAAAUAUCGGGACAGAGCCUGAUGUGCAGUUUCCUGCAACUGUUGGAUAAGAAUGGAAAGGGGAGCAUGCGUGGCUGGUUUGUGAUCCCACGAGAUGACCCUCUUGUGCUGUACAUUUACGCUGCACCCCAGGACGUCAGGGCUCACACUUCCAUCCCCCUUCUGGGCUACCAAGUCAAAGAGAUGCCCCAGAGCGACACCCGUCACAUCUUCCAACUGGUGCAGUCCAAGCAGGUCUAUACGUUGGUGGCAGAGACGGAGGAGCUGAAACAGCGGUGGAUGAAGGCCAUCACACACUCGGCUCGUGGAGAAGAGGAGGAAGACUCGUUUGAUGAGCUGGAAUGACUGGAGCCCUGCUGAGAGGCUGUUGCAUAUCUUGAGCCGCCAUUUCAACACCUGUAAAAUGAAAACAGUAUUUGGAUUCUUUUAAAAACUUUUUUUCCCAGCUGUAACUUUCCAACCAGUUUUGUAAGUCACAGUAUUUCCGCCUAGCUCAGAUUUCCCUGGUUUGCUUAUGAGCCUGUCACGUGGAAUUGUGUGAAAAGCACCACUCACGCCACACACAGUAGAUUGUUAGAACGGGAGACUUGCCAACAUUUGCAGAUGUGUCUUCCCAUUCACAUGCUCACCCACAUACCUAAACAUUGCUGCAAAUGGGAUUUCCUAUAUGCACCUAGACUCCCACUAAUUCCCUAUAACCUGGCCAGCAAAACUAACAUCUUCCUAAGUAUGCUGCCCCUGUACCUCUUUAUGCUGCAGAAUCUAGAUGCUCCUUUCCAUCCCCGCCACAAAAAGAACAGCAGUCUCACUUGCAGAUACACUAAGAAAGCUUCCAUUAGGCUGAUGGGGGAAUGGGGACAGUGAGAGAAGCUUAGACUCCCUCGACUUGUGUCUACCAGCAAACGUAGGUGAGUUCUUUGGCCCAUAAGAACGGAAUGGCAUAAGGAGAGCCCUGUCUUGUCCAAAAGCUCAUCUAGCCCAGCAUCCUGUUCUCACAGUGACCAACCAGUCUCCCCCUCCUGCUGCAACCAACUCCUCUCCCGUCUCCCAAAACACACACAGAAAUGAAGAGGGUGGAGCAAUGAGAAAAAAGACGACAAAGCCUUAAGCUGCUUGGGAAGGAAUUGGGAGAGGAGCCUUAGAGUGUGGUCCUCACAACUGCCUCACUGGGGCAAGACCUACUGGGAUGGGUUGCUGGGACCACUAGGGCUGAGCUGUUUUCUUUCUUUGAAUAAAGAGUUAACUUCACUCA